UUCUUUUAUUGCAGGGAAAAAAUCAAGGGUGAAAAUCAUCAUUACCGUAACAUCAGUUUUGGGAUUGGGUCUCUCUAGUGCUUGCAUUUGCUACUAUUUACUACGAACAAAGAGACAGCACAAAGAGGAAGAAGAACAUCAAGCAUUAUCACGUUAUUUUGGGACUCCAGAUGGUUCAAAUUUUGUGGAUGCUAGUAUGCAAGGUGAUCAAAUUCCAGAAUUGCCGAUCAUCAACUUCGCUACAAUACAAGCUGCUACAUAUAACUUUUCUGAUGAAAAUAAACUCGGAGAAGGUGGAUUUGGACCUGUAUAUAAGGGAAUGCUAUCUGAUGGGAAGGAUAUAGCAGUUAAAAGGUUAUCAAGGAGCUCAGGUCAGGGUCUUGAGGAAUUCAAGAACGAAGUCACAUUGAUUGCCAAACUCCAACAUAGGAACCUUGUGAGGCUCUUGUAUUACUGCAUUGAGAGAGGAGAGAAAAUGCUCAUCUACGAAUACAUGCCAAACACAAGCCUCGAUGCCUUCCUCUUUGAUCCAAUCAAGCGUGCUCAAUUAAGCUGGGAAAGACGGCAAAACAUAGUAGGUGGAAUUGCGAAGGGCCUUGUUUAUCUCCAUGAAGACUCAAGACUCAGAAUCAUCCACAGAGAUCUAAAAGCUAGUAAUGUUUUAUUAGACCAUGAAAUGAACCCAAAGAUUUCUGACUUCGGGAUGGCUCGAUUUUUAGGUGGAAAUCAAAGUCAGGUCAAUACCAAUAGAGUAGUUGGAACAUAUGGCUACAUGGCACCAGAGUAUGCAAUGGGAGGGUUAUUCUCUGUGAAAUCUGACAUCUACAGCUUUGGAGUUUUACUACUAGAGAUCAUAAGCGGAAAAAGGAAUCGCAGUCCUCAUCUCCCUGAAGAUGCUCAAAGCCUCCUAAUUUAUGCAUGGGAAAUGUGGUGCAAUGGAAGAGCAAUGGAGUUGAUUGAUCCUUUAUUAGCAGAGUCAUGUCCCACAAGCGAAGUGUUCAGAUGGAUCCACAUUGGGUUGUUAUGUGUUCAACAAGAUGCAGCGGAUAGGCCCACCAUAUCUUUCGUCAUUCUCAUGCUCGGAAGUGAAUCUAUGAAACUUCCACAACCUACACAACCAGGAUUUUUCUUUGCAAGGGCUGCUGUUGAAUCAGAUAAAUCUGCUGCAAGUGCCAAAAUAUGUUCUAACAAUGAUGUAACUAUCUCUACUCUUGAACCUCGGUGAGUGGACCAAGCAUAGGGGUUAGCCUCAUGCUCUAAUGGGUCGGAUCUGGAGUACCAUGAUUCAACCUCAGCUUGUAUAUUA